AUGCAGGUGCACAAUCUCCAAGUUUGUUUUACUGAGACACCUUGUAUAAAAAUGCCGGCUAACCGGCGAAGCUGCUAUGUUAUUUUGAAUUAUUAUUCCAAUUAUGACUCAUCCGCCGGUUCAAAAGUACAAUUUUAGUUCGAAAUAAAAAACAAAACACAAUUUUUCCUUGCCAUAAACUACUUUAUUUACAUUAUCUGCUAAAACUGUGAUAUGAUGUUUAAGUGUUCGACGAUAUUAACGACAUUAUUGUUGAUUUUUUUAAUGACAAUAAGUGUGGAAUCUGAUAGUUCUGAGGAUACUAACCGUUGUAAGGGAUUCGAAGAAUAUCGUGGACAGAUUGAUUGUAAAUACAAUCCAGAUGAUUAUUUAGAUGUUCCUCAAAUUAUUGCUAGGCAUGGAUAUCCGGUAGAAAUUCACAUCGUCACUACUAGUGAUGGGUACUUACUAACAUUACAUCGUAUAAUAGGUUCCAAAAAUGGAAUAAAAGGGAAACAACCGGUACUGUUAAGCCACGGUGUACUGGGAAGCAGUGCUGAUUGGAUUUUGGAUGGAGAUACUGCCUUAGGGUACCUCCUGGCUGAUAAUGGAUAUGACGUUUGGAUGAAAAACGAUAGAGGAAAUAUAUAUUCCAAAGGGCAUGUUUCAUUACCAAAUUGGAGUGCACAAUAUUGGAAUUUUAGUUUUCAUGAAAUGGGAAUUUAUGAUUUACCUGCAAUUGUUUCCUAUAUUUCAAAUGUUACAGGCAAAGGUGGAGAUCUUCUUUACAUCGGACACUCAAUGGGAACAACACAAUUCUUCGUUUUUUCAUCCCUUUUUCCCAAACUAGCCGCCAAGCAUAUUAAAUUAAUGGUUGGAUUAGCUCCCACUGCUUACAUGACUCAUAUAAGAUCACCAAUAAGGUACUUAGCUCCCUUUUCGAACGACUUAAAUUGGCUAGCAAAGCAUUUGGGAAUUACAGAGAUAAAACGAGAGAGCAAAUUUUUCGAGAUGUUGACGUUUAUUUGUGAGACGUUUCAAAGUAAAAAAAUUUGUUCUAAUGUGCUAUUUCUGCUUUGUCCUUCAGAAAGAAAUGAAACGAAUACUGCUAUACUUCCGACAAUUUUCGCCCACGAUCCAGCUGGUUCAUCUGUCAAAAAUUUCAUCCAUUAUGCACAAGAAAUAAAGGACCAUGGUAACUUCCAGUAUUUUGACUAUGGUGCUAAGCAAAAUAUGAUUAUAUAUGGCAAUGCUACACCACCAUCAUAUCCUAUUAAAAAUAUUCAAGUUCCUAUUUACCUAGUGUAUGCUCCUAAUGAUAUGAUGACUAGCUCUAUAGACGUACUAAGGCUAUCGAAGAAACUAAGAAAUCUUGCCGGUUUGUACAAGGUACCUGAUAACGAUUUCACCCAUUUAGACUAUAUUUUUGGCAAAUAUGUCUAUCAGUUAGUUUAUAAGCCCAUAUUAAAAGUAUUACGUAAUUAUACAGAUGUGUGAUUAUAGUUAUAUUUUUUUUUAUUUUUUGUUAAAUUUAAUUGAGUGGUGAAAAAUUCUGAGAGAAGAUAUUAUUUUCUAUGACCAAAUGCUGUAUAUAAAUAUACAUACAUAUAAUAUAUAGGUACAGUUAAGUCCUUGAAUCUUUACCCGUGCGUCAUCAUUUAAAGCAUACGAAAUAAGUCGGAAAUUGAAAUUUACUAAACGCAACAGCAAGUCACUUACUGUCAUUUGCUGUUGCGUUUAGUAAAUUUCAAUUUCCGACUUAUCAUCGACUUAUUUCGUAUGCUUUAAAUGAUGACACACGUGUAAAUAUUCAGGGACUCAACUGUAUAUAGUGGCAUAGUAUAAAAUUAUGAUUAUUGGUCACGUGGUAAUCUCUUUUAUUUUGGAGGACGAUCUUAUGGGUAUACUUUAUAUUUUGUGAUUUGUAAAAUUUGCGUCACCAGUAGAAACAACGAAUACAUACGAAUAUAUUAUGUGUCUAUAGUCGUUGGUCGAAAUUACCUCCAUGUCAACCUUCCCAGUCAAUAGUAAAUGACUCAAAAUAAUAGAUAUGUAGUCUUUACAAUAUUUUAAUAAAAAAGUGGUAGGUCAUAUUAUAACUGUAAUAGUCUGGGCAGAUUAUCGGAGAAUAGGCCAUUUUUGGGAAAAGUUAUUUACCAGCAAUUUUAUUGCUGGAAUCAAAUCUUUUGAUUGUAUAUAUUAACAAUAUAGGUAUGCAAAGUCCGCAGAUAGUGUGCUACUUUUUUUUAUAAACAAAAUGGCGCCCGAAAAUCCCGUUUUUUUUUCAAUUUUUGCUCUAUAACUCCAAAGAUUUUAACUUUACACCAAAAACACCCAAAUAAAAAUUCACCGUAAUUAAAUUCUGCAUAGAGACGUGUUUUUCCCGAUUUACUUCAUGGAAAAUUUUACCCGGAAAAUGCGGGUUUUUCCAACAAAAUCUUUAAUUUUUAACUAAAAUUUUAGAUAAGUAAUUGUUUAUCAAUAAUUCAACAACUUGGUAAUAUAAAAGCUAUUUUCGUGUAGAUUAUAAUUCCAGAAGUCGAUGGAAAUUGAAUGAACAGUUUAGCAACAAUUGAAUUGUUAAUAAAAAUUUACGGUCGCUAUAAUAACCACAAUAAUUAUGAUACAUAAGAAUAACUAUGAUUUUUCUAUAAAAAGACACUAUACCUAUCUAAUGCACUUUACAGAAUUGAAAUUGGACUAUUUAAGCGGCCUCAGGAAUAUUUUUAAAAAUAAUAAACAAUUUUGUGGCUUAUAAACAAAUAGAAUAUCUCGGGGAAUAUUAAAUUAAAUCAUGAAAACGGUAUUAGAGAAAAAGCGGCAGUACGCUUCUUUUAAAAGAAAAAACGUUUAAUUGUGAUGAGUGGUUCCUGAGAUACAACCGGUCAAAGUUGACCGGCAUUUACGGCAAAGAUAUAAACACUAAGAUCAUAAUUUUCGAACCUUCACCUUUUUAUUUUUGUCCUAUUUCUCCAUAUCAAUUUUCAUAUCUUUAAAUUACUGAUAACAUAUAUUAUUAUAAUAAAAACUAUCGAUAUGACGAAUGAAAAUUGACAAAAAUAGCAAAAUUCCAAUCAAAAAUUAGGUUGGAGAAAAUGUAAUCUCAAAGUUCAAAAUCGGUAUACGUUAAAAAAAUGCAUUUUCUCGGCUUCCCAUGGAGCAAUUUUCUUCAUUCUUUUUUUGUUCCCAAGUAACUCGAUUAGAUCCAUCUAACUAACGCAUUAUUAAAUGUCAAACUUGGUUUGUUUUGUUACAGUAGAUUAAUUUGAUGGGAAGCCGAGAAAAUGCAUUUUUUUUAACGUAUACCGAUUUUGAACUUUGUGAUUACAUUUUCUCCAACCUAAUUUUUGAUUGGAAUUUUGCUAUUUUUGGCAAUUUUCACUCGUAAUAUCGAUAGUUUUUAUUAUAAUAAUAUAUGUUAUGAGUAUUUUAAAGAUAUGAAAAUUGGUGUGGAGAAAGAGAAUAUAAAUAAAAAGGUGAUGGUUCGAAAAUGAUGAUCUUAUUGUUUAUAUCUUUGCCAUAAAUGCCGGUCAAUUUUGACCGGUUGUAUCUCAGGAACCACUCAUCACAAUUAAACGUUUGUUCUUUUAAAAGAAGCGUACUGCCGCUUUUUUUCUAAUACCGAUUUCACGAUUUAAUUUAAUUUAUUAUUUCCCGAGAUAUUCUAUUUGUUUAUAAGCCACAAAAUUGUUUAUUAUUUUUAAAAUAUUCCUGAGGCCGCUUAAACAGUCCAAUUUCAAUUCUGUAAAGUACAUUAGAUAGGUACAAUGUCUUUUUAUAAAAAUAUCAUAGUUAUUCUUAUGUAUCAUAAUUAUUAUUGUGGUUAUUAUAGCGACCGUAAGUUUAUAUUAACAAUUCAAUUGUUGCUAAACUGUUCAUUCAAUUUCCAUCGACUUCUGGAAUUAUAAUCUACACGAAAAUAGCUUUUAUAUUACCAAGUCAUUUAAUUAUUGAUACACAAUUACUUAUCUAAAAUUUUAGUUGAAAAUUAAAGAUUUUGUUGGAAAACCCGCAUUUUCCGGGGAAAUUUUUCGUCGAAGUAAAUCGUGAAAAACAUGUCUAUAUGCAGAAUUUAAUUGCGGUGAAUUUUUAUUUGAGUGUUUCUGGUGUAAAGUUAAAAUCUUUGGAAUUAUAGAGCAAAUAUUAAAAAAACACGAUUUUCGGGCGCCAUUUUGUUUAUAAAAAAAGUAUCACACUAUCUGCGGACUUUGCAUACCUAUAUUAUUAAUAUAUGCAAUCAUAAGAUUCGAUUCCAGCAAUAAAAUUGCUGGUAAAUAACUUUUCCUUGUAUUUUGCUAAUUAGCUCAGAGUAUAAUAGUUUUUAUCAGAUCGGUAUAAUUACUUCUUAAUUUUCUAAAAAAAAAGGUUUUGCUCAUUUAUAAUGAGUCUAAUUUAAACUUCAAUAUUGUAUGGAAUGAUAUUUAGAGUAGAAUAAGCUAUUUCUCAGAAUUCUUGGCCACAUUUAAUUUUAAUCUUAGUGUAAGGAAAAGGAAAUAAACUUUAAAAAUCUG